AUGGAAAGACAUUUCUAUGAAGCGAUUGAAAAUGAAACUGUGACGAGUGAGGCCAAGAUGAAAGCUCAACUCGAAUUUAAACCCAAAUUUAUCAACACUUAUCUUUCCAUUCCAUCCUCGGUGAGUUUUGUGGGUAGAGCACUAGUGACUACACCAUUUGCUACCAAGGACUCUGCCCUUCUUCGAGUGGUCUCUUCCAUUCUACACUCCAAUUAUUUGCAUCAGGAAGUGAGAGAACGCGGAGGCGCCUACGGCUCCAAUGCCUCUCAAAGUAUGAAUGGCGUUUUUACCUUUUCGUCAUAUAGGGAUCCAAAUCCAAAUAGAACCAUUGGUAUUUGCUCCAAUGUUGCCGAGUGGAUUCAGAUGAAAGACUCUGUCACUCCAAAAACAAUUCAAGAAGCCAAGUUGCAAGUGUUCCAACAUUUGGACUCACCUGUGACACCUCAUGCUCACGCCCAGAGUAAAGUUGUAUUUGGAAUUGAUGACGAGUUGAGACAAUUCAGAAGAAAUGUUAUUUUAGAUGCAACACGCAAUGAAAUUAUUGACACGUGUGUGAAAUAUUUGAGUAAUUCAAAUGUUGCGACUACCAUCAUUGGAGGUAAUUUUGAAAAGGAUAUUUCAAACGAGACUCAAAGAAAAUGGGUAGUUGUGAGGGAGGAAAUGGAUAAUUCAUUCAACGACAUGCAAAGUAAUAAUACCAUGACUCAGUAG